UAUUACCGUUUUGACCAACCCUUGCCAUGAAAAAAACAAACAAAUUAUAAUUAAUUCACGCACAAGCCGUGUGAUUUUAACAUACUUUAUAUAUAAACCACACGCCUUAAAUAUGAUAUAAAUAUUCGGUUUACUGUAUUAUGUAUUUAUGAAUGGUGAAAAAGUGAUCGUAACGGCUUUAUAAUUAAAACAAUUGGAUAUUUUGCAUAAUCUAUCGAGUGUUGUGUAAUGUAAAGUUGUUAUGCGUAUCGAGAUAGAGGCGUAAUCUCAAAAGAUAAAAUCACCAGAGUUUAGUGGUCGCAGGGUGAUAACGGAAGUAUAGUUUACCUCGAACACAAUAUAGAGUAUGUGUACUCGUAAAGUGUCCCGUGUCCACCAGGAGCUCUCCGUAAUAAUAGAAAAUGUUGCCGAAGCCAAGAAAAUGACGAACAUUAAGUAUAAUGUUAUAUUCGGAUUUGAAGAUGUCGAUUCCUUUGCAUCUGGAUUUUAUAAAGUGCAAAUCAAAGGAAUACUAAAUGGAUUUAAAGUUUACCAGACAAUAAUAAUAAAAUGGCAUCAUAGUAUUACAGAUCGAGCAUGCUUCAGAGAGUUUUACAAGAGGGAAUACAUAUUUUACAAUAUAGUUACACCUGUUUAUUUGAAUAUUCAACGGACUCUUAUUUACAAUGAAGGCUUAAAAUACAAGUUUCCCAACUGUAUACUGUCAUCAAUAGAGUAUAACAAGGAAGUUAUUGUGUUGCAUAGCGUAGAAGGGUAUAAGCUUUUUGAUAGAUUCCAAACUCUUGAUUUUGAGCAUGUCUCGUUGGUCAUAAAAAAUCUAGCAAAACUUCAUGCAUUUUCGUUUAUUACAUCGAAACUGUAUCCAGAUAAAUUUGAAGAGUUUAAACAGCAAUUAAACAAAGACGUUCAAUAUUCAGAGAUACGGAAAAUACCGAAAUCGUUGAUUUAUUACUUUAAUGCGUCUCUCUCUGUUAUAUCAAAUGAAAAAUACAAGAAUAAAUUGAGGAAUAAUGCUCGGCGAAUUGCUUUCAUACUUAAUAAAUUCUCUGCUCCGGCCACAAAAUACAAUGUGAUUUGCCACGCGGAUUGUUGGUACAAUAACAUAUUUUUUAAAUAUCGGGGAAACAGACCUGUCGAGGCUAUAUUUGUCGACUACCAAUUAGUUCGCUUUGCAUCACCGGUUACAGAUAUCUCGUAUUUUUUCUACAUGUGCACCGACUUCCAUUUCCUUUCAAACUACUACGACCAGCUCUUAGACAUUUAUCACGGGACCUGUUCAGCCGUAUUACGAGAAUGUAACAUCGACAUUGAAGAUGUCUAUCCCAGAGCAGUAUUUGAAGAACAAUUGAAGGAGCAUUCUCAAUUUGGUUUAGUCGAAGCCUUGAUCUCUAUGAAAAUUAUAACAGCGGAAUCUGAGGAAGCGCAGAAAAUGACGGAAAUGAAACGUCAGGUCACUAAUGAUGUCCAAAUAGAGGAAUACGAGAUACAAAACCAAGAUAUUUUUAUAAAUAGAGUGAAUGGAAUAGUGAAUUUCUUCUUUAAAAGAAAUUAUUCCUUGAUUGAUACACAGCAUCCAUAAAAUAAUUAUAAGCUAUUCACUGGAAUUAGAAUUGUUAAUAUAUUAAACAUAAGAUGUUUAUUUUUAAAAUCAUUCAAAUCGACAACAAAAACUUACAAUUAACGAAUUUCUGGGACGGAAUAAAUUACUCAGUUAUUAAUUGUCGCCAUAAAGAUUUUCUCUUCGGGCAUAACUGUCUUCGCGGAAAAUUAUAACAUGGUAUAGGUAGAUAUUAUUUAAGAUUCUUUGUCGCUUUAGAAUUACCAAGCUGUUACUCACUGGAAUUCUAUGAAAUUGUUUGGCUCGUAAUUGUAUUUUAUGUUUCCUAACUAAGAUAUUUUCUUGAAGAUUCUUAGAUGAGAAAUAGCGUUUAUUUUAAAAAGUGUUUUUGUAUUUUAGAAUUCAACUUAUUUAUUACCUAUAUGAACAUGAAAUUCUACUUUAGUUCUGGAUCAAGUAUAAUAAACAGCUCAGCAUGGAAAAGCUGGCUUUGUAUAGAAUUUCGAUUUUGUCGGUAACUGAAAUAUACAAAAAACCGAAACUAAACUAAAGCCUACCAAAGUUCAUGUAUGACAGAAUAUAAUUGCUUAUGGCGUGUACUCACCUCCUCAAGCCAUUAAUAGUGAAUUUUCCCGCACCCGUGUCAAUAUCGGCAUGCUGCUGGCUAUAUACUAAAUAAACCAGGUACACAAACAAUACAAUAGCUCCGCCGAGAACAUUCGAUGUUAUUGAACAUCUUUAUAGUCUUAGUUUCUUUUUUAUCGUAACUUGAAAUUCAAUAUAUUAUUAUAGUAUUGUAAACGUUUCUAGACUAUUGAAUCAACCAUACCUACUUGGGGUUCCUAUUUAGAUAGUCUUAAAGUAAGAUCUUAAUUGAAGAGAAACUAAAGUAAAAGUCAAAUCUUUAUUGCAUUCCUUAUGUUCAUACUUUUUAUUACAGGUGACCUGUUAUAAUUUUGUUACAAUAGGGACCUUAAGCACAACAAUGUUGUGAGAGGGCAUGUUUUAUUACACUUUAUUCUGGUUUAAUACAUUUUAAUUUUUAUAAAUAGAUACAUUAGUUACUUAUUUAUUCCUUAGGCUUCACGUAGCGAAAAAUAGUAUGUACUUAACAUUAUUAAGAACUUAACUUAUAUGUGUAGAAAUUUAAAUCUAUCAGUAAGAUGCUCGGUAACGGCGUGUAUAAUUCCUUUAACAAUUUGAUAAACCUCAAGUGGUUUGUUUUAUUCUUUAAAUUUCCCAGUUUAAUAUAUAUUUUUAUUUAGAAGGUCAGUGUCCCUGAUUAAUGUAAUUUUAGUCUGGGUAUCGGUGGAAGCAGUAGGUUUAUAACGACCAGGCCUUGAUGAGUAAACUAUUCAGGGUAAAUCGAGCCAAUCCAAAAAAAAUAUCACAGGUUCAAUUAUAGAUUAAACAAUUACACAAUUUAUGUGCACAAUGCUUAUAUACAACUUACAAUAACUAUUGAAUUUGACAAUAUAAUAGUGAGGACAAAAGCAACAUUAGGGAAAUCUAUGAAUGGUGCAACUAUUUUUAUCUAACAAGAUAAAAAUCUUUAAGGAUACGUAAGUUUUUACUAUUGAAAUCCCAACAAGGUGUCAGGUUUAUUGUAGUUUAAAAGUCACUUAA